AUGAACGUGUUUAAUAUACCAAUUAUUGUGCUUCUUUUUGUGAAAUCAGUCCAUCUGUAUUGCGGUCCAUAUAAUGGACAGAUUUGUAAGAAUUAUACCACUGGAUACGUUUGGUAUAACAGUACAGGUGGCCUUGAAAAUGAAAAAAUCACCACUAGUCUUUGGAACGAAAUGAUUUCCACGUUAAAAGAACCGUGUCGAAGCAGGGCUGAAAAGUUAUUAUGUGCGUACGCUUUUCCUAAGUGCAUUGACAAAGAUGGGAUAGGAUUCUAUGGAUUACCUCUUUGUUAUGAAGACUGCAUGGCUGUAAAAAUGCAAUUUUGUUAUAACGAUUGGAUAGUUAUAGAAGAAAAUAAACGUAGAGGAUUAUUUUUUGAAUCGAGAGGUCAUUUUCGAUUGCCUGAAUGUGAAAGACUUCCAAGACUGGCUGGGAAAGGAUCACAAGUAACUUGCAAUAAUGCCGGCUUAACAGAUAUGGAUUACAGUGAAGUUACAACAACCUGCAUUAAAGGCAAUGGACGCUACUACCAAGGUACUAUAAAUGUUACUGAGACUGGGCUACCUUGUCAAGCUUGGGAAUCGCAAUAUCCCUAUCAACACACAAGACCACCUCUAGUCUUUCCAGAAGUUCAGAAUUCAUCAAAUUAUUGCAGAAAUGCUGGAGGUGAAGAACGCAAACCAUGGUGCUAUACUAUGGACCCCGACAUAAGAUGGCAACAUUGUGAUAUACCACUCUGUGCCAAUUAUAGUGAAGAAGUUGACAAUAUAAAUGGACCAAAUAUUGUUAUGGAGAACUAUUUUACACCUACAUUUGUUUUAUUUUUAUCGAUUGGUGGUUUGGGAUGUAUUUUAGGUGUAGCUUCAGUAACUCUUUUGUGCCACUAUUUUUUAAAGAGCCAUUAUUCCAAAUUUAGUAUGUCGAGUAGGAGAAAUAUGCAGAAUAUGGAUAUUGAUUUAGACAAACUUCCCAGUAAUCUAGCAUAUCACACAACUGGUGCCCAGCUUAAUCCGAAACUAGAGAAACUUGAAUUUCCCAGAAAUAAUAUUAUAUACAUACGAGACUUAGGUCAGGGUGCAUUUGGCAGAGUGUUCCAGGCAAAAGCCCCUGGUCUGGUACCUGAGGAAGAAUUUACUCUUGUUGCUGUAAAAAUGUUAAAAGAUGAAGCAUCUCAUGACUUACAACUUGAUUUUGAACGAGAAGCAUGUUUACUUGCUGACUUUGACCAUCCUAAUAUUGUAAAGUUACUUGGUGUUUGUGCAGUUGGACGACCGAUGUGCUUGUUAUUUGAGUAUAUGGGGAAAGGAGACUUGAAUGAAUAUCUUAGAGCAUGUAGCACUGCUACUAGUUUUCCACCUGCUGUAGAAAAUAGAGAAGAUUUAAGAUUACUUGUAACUCCUCUUAGCCACUUGGAUCUUCUACAUAUUGCAAGACAAAUAGCAUCAGGAAUGGUGUAUCUUUCUGAUAGAAAAUUUGUUCAUCGUGAUUUAGCUACAAGAAAUUGUCUUAUUAAUGAUGAUAUGGUAGUAAAGAUUGCAGAUUUUGGAUUAUCACAUAAAAUUUACUUACAAGAUUAUUACAAAGGAGAUGAGCAUGAUGCUAUUCCUGUACGAUGGAUGCCACUGGAGAGUAUUUUAUAUAAUAAGUAUACUUUAGAGUCUGAUGUUUGGGCAUAUGGAGUAUGUCUUUGGGAAAUUUUUUCAUUUGCCUUACAACCCUAUUUUGGAAUGACACAUGAAGAAGUAGUCAGAUUUUUAAAAGAUGGAAACGUUCUUGCCUGUCCUGAUAAUACUCCUCGUUGUGUAUAUGAUUUAAUGAAACAAUGUUGGAAUCAUCAUCCAAGUGAUCGACCUAACUUUAGAGUAAUAUAUCAGACAAUUGAUAACAUUCAGUUAAUACUAGAGAGAACUCGUUCUGAAUAA